CACGCAUUGCGGAUUAUUAGAGGCACUGCCGCACUGAAUAAAAGCGGAAAAUUUAUUUUUCAGAAAUUACUCUUGGGUUUCAAACAGGCCGGACCUGUUAAGAAAAUUAACUGUACCAUGUCAGAAGCUUUUACUAAAACUGGUGAUAAGUCUCAAGACGAGAAAAUCCUGAUGCCGUACACAUAUAUCCUGCAAGUACCAGGCAAGCAGAUCCGCAAGAAGUUAUCCUUGGCUUUCAACUAUUGGUUGCGAGUGAGCGAUGACAAACUGCGAGCUAUUGGCGAGAUCGUCCAGAUGCUGCAUAACUCAAGUCUGCUUGUGGACGAUAUCCAAGACAACUCGAUACUUCGUCGUGGUAUCCCAGUAGCGCACUCCAUCUACGGCAUAGCGAGUACUAUAAAUGCUGCAAACUACGCUAUGAUUAUAGCACUUGAGAAGACAUUAGAAUUAGGGCAUCCACAAGCCACGGCGGUGUACACGGAGCAAUUGCUGCAGCUUCACCGCGGCCAGGGUAUGGAGAUCUACUGGCGAGAUAACUUCCACUGUCCUUCUGAAGACGAAUACAAGCAGAUGACCAUCAAGAAGACGGGAGGUCUGUUCAUGUUGGCUAUCAGGCUGAUGCAGCUGUUCAGUGAGAACAAGUCUGACUUCAGCAGACUCUCCUCCAUACUCGGCCUCUACUUCCAGAUCAGGGACGACUACUGCAACCUCUGCUUACAAGAGUACUCAGAGAACAAGAGUUACUGCGAGGACCUGACUGAGGGCAAGUUCAGUUUCCCCAUAGUACACGCCAUCCGCACUCAGCACGCCGACAACCAAGUGUUACAUAUCCUGCGCCAGCGCACGCGAGACGUGGAGGUGAAGCGGUACUGCGUCUCUCUGCUGGAGAGACUCGGCAGCUUCCAGUACACCAGAGAUGCUCUGCAGGCGCUGGAUGCUGAAGCCAGAGCUGAGGUCGCAAGGUUGGGAGGGAACCCAUUACUAGAGGCACUGCUCGACGAGCUGCUCAGCUGGCGACGAGACAAGAAGUCGGUUGGCUACACUGAGGAAUAGACUAUGACUUAUCUUUUACGUUGGCAACACUAAUCAGUUGUCAGAUUUUCAUUCUGACAGUUAUGUUAUGUUGGCAGUUGAAAUAUACAGUGACGUUUAAAUUAAGACUUAUUAACUAUUAGUUUUAAAAGUAAGUCUUAAUUUGCUUUAUAACGUGUUGUUACUUAAAUUAGUAGGUUAUUGUUAUGUACUUAUGAAUGCUUUUAUAAAAUUAUGCUUCCAUAGAUUUAUGCGUUCGUAUUGUAGGGCUGGCGUGGAAUGUGCUUUUUUAUUUUCUUUUUAGUCUAUGUAAAGUUAUAAACAAAACAUCACUUUUUGUUUAAAAUUUGAUUUGAUUCUAUUAAUUAUCUCGUAAAUAUUGUCUGAUUAAUGAAAUUAAAAGUGAUUAAUUUCGUUUACUAAAUUUAGGUUUUGUUAUGGAAUAUGGUGGGUUAUGUCGUGACGUAAACAUGUUCGUACACGUUGUCUGACUGUGACGUCAUCGGAACGAGACUUUAUUACGUUCGUGUUUUGAGUGUUACUUUAUAAUGUGUCCAAUUGUCAAUUUUAUUAUUAAAAAUCAAACUUUUUGUUUUUUAAUAAGUUAAUAACGCUUUUUAUAUUCGGCCAUUUUAUAUCUUAGAUGCCUUAGUAGAAAUUAUUUUUAGUUAAUCAAAUUAUUAAAUCAAGAUCUCUAAUUUAUACGUAUUAUUAAAUAUGCCUUUUCGUUUUACCUAAAAGAACUACAUCAAGAGAAAUUAAAAAAAAUAUCUGAAGUGGAUUCAAGAAUUUUUUGAUAUUUUUUUUUAAUCGUCAUAAUAACAACAACAAAAUUGAAGUACUUAUAGACUAUAUUUUAGCUUUUUUUCUUAGCUAUAUUUAAGCUGGCUUUAGCAGUAAAAUCGUUACCAAUUUAUACAAUCUUUUUGGUGACAAUUGACGUUUUAUCUUCGUCACAACUUUUAGCUUUGCAUUUAAUUUGAAGUUUAGUUUUUUAUAAGUUACAUAGACGAAAGUAUUCAUUUUAGUCAUCUUUUGGCAAAUUUCUUAAAUAUAAUAUUACCAUAUAAAUCUAUCAUUUAGAAAAAUCGCUUUUUUUAACAUUAUUUUGUACAAUUUAAUAAACUUUUUUUUUCAUUAUUUUCUAAAGAUGUGUAUUAUUAUCAAAGAUAAUUUUAUAACUUUUAGCAUUUUUGUUAUCUCGACCGUUGUUUUGUUGGCAAAAAUAUAUUUUUUUCUACCAAGUUUA